GUUUUUUCAAAUAUAAUGACAAAACAUAUGCAAUAAUAAUGACAACAUUGACCAUAACAUUAGCCGCCGUACUGACCAUCGCUGGUCAUCGUAUGUUACCGACUGGUUCUUAACAAUACAAUUAUCAUUAUAUGAUGACUAAAAGUAUUAUUGGCAAAUGGCAUGGGCUUCGGCAGGGCUCAGUUGGUCACCGAACUGUUGCCGACAUACUGACUGGCAGUUCGUUUUUGGCCAAUAUGUCGGUCACUCAUACUUAUGAACAUAUCUUUAAUAAGAUGGUGUCUGCGCUUGAAUGGCAUCCCGACUAUAAUCUAGUAUUAAUCGGUUCCCGUGGCGGCGAUAUUUCGUUAGUUGAUCUCAAGAACCGGACUGUGAAACUGUGUCAUAGAGGCGGAGGUCGAGGACAACAAAUAACAGAUAUUAAGUGUGAUUUGUUAGACACUAAUUGGUAUUACACGUCAUCGACAUCUGGAAAGAUAAUCAAACAACGUCUCGAUGGUAGAGAUGAAAUAAUCCUUAAAGACACGUAUAUUUCGGAUGAGUUUUAUUCGAGCUCCCGAUUCUCCUGUAUAGACGUAUGUCCUCAGCGGAAGUUAUUGGUCGCCGGCGACAGCAGAGGAACUAUACAUUUAAUGCCUUCGUGUGAAUCGGAAAGUUUGGUUAAUAGUAAAACCAAUUGUUUCAGUAUUGGUGUCCACAACUCCAAUAUAUUGCACACAGAAUUCAAUAAAUUUAAUAGCGAUUUGUUUAUUACGGCAUCCAUUGACUGUACGGCCAAGUUAUGGGACACCCGAAUGUUUUCUAGUCAUUGCUCUAAACCGUUGCUUAACAUAAGACAUAGCCAUCCGUUAAAUUCGGCCACAUUUUCUCUUGUCAACGGAUCAACACUUUUAAUUACAAACUAUUUUGAUGAGAUCAGUGUCUAUCGGGGACCCAAUUGGCAAUUGGAAAGGUGUAUAAAGCAUUGUCACGAACAGACACAACGAUUUUGUCUUCUCAAAGCUAAAUGGCAUCCAUUAUGCGAACUGUUUCUUAUCGGAACAUUCAGUUCAAAUCCAUCGGUGAGCGGACACUAUUAUGAUAGACCACAAGCUGUUGAUGUCAUUGAUCCUCAAAAUGGACAAAUCAAGUCUAGUCUUUCAGAUGGAAAUCCAGGUGUUAUAUCUAUCUCUCAAUUCAAUACAUCCGGUGAUAUAAUCGCAGCCAUUAAAGGACAGAAUCUCAUCAUUUUUGAAUCUAUUGAUAGUGAUUGAAAAUAAUCGCAAAAUCAUAGAUAAAAUACUUAAUA